UCAAUACUGUGGCGAGUAUUGCCUUCAAUGCAUUCUCGGAAGCCAUAAAAUGCAGUUAGCUUUGGGUCAUCAAACCACCGGCCGUUUUUGUGGGGGAAACAAACUCCUGGUUUUGUUCCUGUUUGCCACUCUACAAAUUUACUCGAUUGCGGCACAACGUUCCUGUUACCAAUGCGAGGGUAUCAAUUGCCUGCGCUCUACAUAUCAAAGUGUGGAAACCUGUUCGAAUGGUGUGGAUAUUUGUGCCACAGUCUAUGAUGGAUCAACAAUUCAAGCUCAAGGUUGCUUGGGAAAUCUAGCAAAACAUUUACGCACCAAAUGUGAUUCGGAUGAUGCUGAUGACCUACCCGAGUGCCACAAGUGUAAUGAAAAUCUUUGCAACAAAUGGGCAGCCUAUGUAUUCGAAUGCGUUCAAUGUGAUUCGAGUUCGGACUCUAAAUGUUCCAACAAUGUAGAUGCUUUGCAACCCACUCGCUGUCCCAUAAGUCGCACCGCGAACAUGUAUUGUUUUGCUACCAAGGAUGGUAGUCGUGUAGUACGUGGUUGUACCUCAACAUUGGAAGAACAGAGGGCUUGUUUGGCUUCCGACAAAUGUGAGAUGUGUGAUCCAAGUGAAUUGGGUGCUUGUAAUGGCGUAAGAGCCGAUGGUGGUGAUGGCGGUGGUGAUGGCGGUGGUGGAAAUAACAAUAGUACCUCUGUGCCACCAACGGAAAAGCCCCAGCCCAGUGCUGGACCAACAAUAGAAUUUAGCAUAGCUAGUUGCUGGGUCAUUCUCGUCGCUUAUCUUUGCAAGUUGUUGUAAUUGAAAAAUAUGUAAUAUUAAUAUAUUAUAUUUGGGCAUUGUUCAGUAGAGCUCGGCUUUUCAUAUGUUUUAUUUUUUUUCGAAAAUUAAAAUAUUAAAAUUUUUUUAAAUGAAAACUUGGAAUAAAAAAUAUAGCCCUACUAUUCUAUAUUU